AGACUCUUUGCAUUAUCAGUCAACUCAUAUGAGUGUAAGGAGCUUCGCUGUGGUCACAUGAUCGAAAAAUGGCGGAGAGCACUACACAAGACAACAUGGGCGAUAUAGACGGGGCGACGAUCUUGGCUCAAGCUAUGAAGGCGCAGGGCAUUGAGUACAUGUUUGGCAUAGUGGGAGUUCCAGUCUUUGAGAUUGCCAUGGCAGCCCAGGCAGAAGGAAUCAAAUUCAUCGCAAUGAGAAAUGAACAAGCUGCGUCUUAUGCUGCAUCAGCCAUUGGUUACAUAACAAAAAGGCCGGCUGUGUGUCUGACGGUGUCUGGCCCUGGACUGGUUCAUGCACUAGCUGGGAUGGCCAACGCCAUGGAGAACUGCUGGCCAUUGAUUGUUAUUGGUGGGUCAUGUGAUCAGAACCAUGAAGCUAUGGGAGGGUUUCAGGAGUUCCCACAGGUGGAGAGUGCGUCCAGUCGUGUGUACAGCAAGUUCUCUGCCAGACCGAGUCGGCUGACCCAGAUCCCUCACUGUGUGGAGAAGGCUGUCCGACUGAGUACAUAUGGCCGCCCAGGUGCGUGUUACCUCGACAUGUCCGGAGACAUGAUUACAGGGAAGACACAUUCUGCCAAAGUCAGGGAAGUAGGUCGUUGCCCCCCUCCACCAGCAGUCCUGGCUGACCCUGUUGCUGUCAAGGCCGCUGUUGACCUCAUUACAUAUGCAGAACGACCUCUCAUUGUCAUUGGCAAAGGCGCUGCCUAUGCCCAGGCGGAGGAUGUCAUACAGAGGCUUGUCAGCGUGACACAGCUGCCAUUCCUGCCCACGCCCAUGGGGAAAGGAGUCGUUCCUGAUGACAGCCCGUUCUGUGUCGCGCCAGCAAGGUCAAGAGCACUGAAAGAAGCUGAUGUGAUUGUGUUACUGGGAGCCCGUCUUAACUGGAUGCUCCAUUUUGGUAUGCCGCCUAGAUUCAGCCCCAAAGUGAAAAUCAUUCAGGUAGACAUCUUGCCAGAGGAAAUGAACAACAACAGACUCUCGUCAGUGUGUCUGGUGGGAGAUAUACACAGUGUUGUCACCCAGAUCUCGGAGGAGAUGGGCCGAAGCCCGGGUCAGUUUAGGUUCAACUCCAGCUCCCCCUGGUGGAAGACUCUGACAGCUAAGAUCGAAGACAACCACAAGGUCGUACAGGUGAUGUGUGAUGAUGUAAGUGUCCCCCUCAACUACUACGCUGCCUACUGGCCGAUUACCAAGCUCCUUCCCAGAAACUGUAUGAUUGUGAACGAGGGCUCCAACACGAUGGACAUUGGGAGGACCAUGCUGCCCAACUUCCUGCCCCGACACAGACUUGAUGCAGGGACAUUUGGCACGAUGGGGCUCGGGAUCGGCUUUGCUGUUGCUGCUGCCAUCUGGUGUCGAGAUCAUGCACCAGACAAACGUGUGGUGUGUGUGGAAGGAGACAGUGCUUUCGGUUUCUCGGGCAUGGAGAUCGAGACUCUACAGAGAUACAAUCUGCCUGUGAUCAUCGUCAUCAUCAACAACAACGGCAUCUCCUUUGGCAUCACGGAGGAUACUUGGCAGUCGGCUGCAGAGGGAGACCUCACACUCAAUGCUCCACCAUCAGGGUUAGUGCCAAACACUCGCUAUGAGAAAUUGAUCGAGGCGUUUGGAGGUAAAGGAUAUUUUGCCACAACUGCCGAGGAAGUUGACCAAUCCAUGAGGGCAGCCCUAGAGGACAGGUCAAGGUCGUCCAUCAUUAACGUCAUGAUCAACCCCUUGGCUCAGAGGAAAACUCAGGAGUUCUUCUGGUUGACACAGUCCAAAAUGUGAAGUUCAAAGAAGCAACAUCUAAUUCUGUGAUAUUUUGUUAUAUUAACCAGAGCCUUCCAAAGACAAUAUAUUUAUAUACCACUCCACGAACUGGUCAAUAAGCAGAUUCAGGGCUUUGUUGUCUCAUGUCAGUUUUGUUAUCAUUGAGUUAAUCUCUAAUGAAAAUAUUGUGUGUAGAACUUU